AUGGAAAUUCUAGAAAUAUUGUUUUGGAAAGUUUUUAAAAAUAAAUUUAUAUUCAAUGAGAUAUUAAAUCAAAUUCACAACAAUGAAUGGGUUGAAUAUGAUGAACCAAAUAAAUAUAAUGUUUACAAUAGAUGUAAAUUUGGAAACACUCACUCAUUGGAAAUAAUGAUCAAAAAUGAUCUACUCCCAUUAAUUAAAGAUAAAGUCAAACAUAAUGAUCAUAUAAAAAUUGAUCAUUUUUCCAUUAAAAAUCUUUUUUUAAAAUUAUCAAAAAAACAACCACAACAACAAAAUAAUCAAGAACAAACCAUAAACAAUGAUAAUAAUAAUAAUAAUAAUAAUAAUAAUAAUAAUAAUAAUAAUAAUAAUAAUAAUAAUAAUAAUAAUAAUAAUAAAAAUAAAUAUAAAGAUGAAGAUUAUUUAGAAAUUAUUGAAUUAUUUAUGAAAUAUAGAAGAGAUGAAUUUGAAAUUACUGAUUUAAUAAUGAUGGCAGUAAAAACUUAUUCUCCAGAUAUUAUUAGAUUAUUAGUUAAUGAACCAUAUUCAGUUAUAAUUUAUCCAACAACAUUUGAAUUUGCAAUUAUAAAUUCAAAUUUAGCAACAAUUAAAGAACUAAUAAAUUUAGAACCAACAAAUUUUAAAAACUAUGGUAUUAAAUUAAUUAGUGAAGAAUUUAAAAGAAAAUCAUUAUCAUUGGCAGCACAUAGAAAAACUCUUAAAACUACAAUCACUGAAUACAUUUUUAGUAAUCUAUCAUUAUAUUCAGUACCACCACCAUUAUCAUUAUUAAAUAAUCAAAUACAAGAACAACCAUCAACAAAUAAAAGAUUAAAACUAUCUGAAACUUCAAAACCAAAUAAUAAUAAUGACGAUAAUAAUAAUGAUAAUGAUAAUAAUGAUAAUGAGGAAAUUAAAUAUGAAUAUAUUAAAUUUGAAGAAUUUAUAAAAUUAAAAUCAAGCAAUUUAUUAAAAUCAUUUAUGGAAUUGGAUAUAGUAAAAGGUAGUUUUAAAAAGAAUUUUAAUUCAUUUAUUAAAAUGUAUCACCCAUAUGAGAGAUUAAAAGUUGAUAUUAGAAUUAUAUUAAAAUAUGGAGAUAUAAUGUUACAACAAGUAAGUGGAGAAAUUUUAGAUAAAAUGAAUAAAAUCGAUACAAAUAAACAAAAAGGUUUUAAUAAAUUAAAAGAAUUAAGAAAAUUAACAGUAAUAGAAUUUCCAAAACAAAAUAACUUUUAUUACUAUUAUUGGAAAGCAUAUGGUGAAAAAAUUAAAGGACUUGAUAGAAUACCACCAAAAUCAAUUUCAAACCCAGAUGAACAAGAUUUUUUUCAAUACCUUGAUAGUAAUGAAGAAAAACAAUAUGUUGAAGAAGAUUAUUUUUUUGGAAAUGGAAAUGAUGAAGAAGAAAACACUUCAUUGGAGAAUUAUAAUAAUAAUAAUAUUAAUAAUAAUAAUAUUAAUAAUGAAGAAGAAGAAGAAGAUGAUGAUGAUGAUGAUGAUGAUGAAGAAGAUGAAGAAGAUGAAGAUGAAGAGAAUGAAGACGAUGGAAAUGAAGACGAUGGAAAUGAUCAAGAACUACCUGAAAUGGAUUCUGGAUCUGAUAUAGAUAUUGAAAAUGAAGUUGAUGAAGAAACUAUUAAUGAUUUAGAAAAUAAAAAGAGAUUUAUAAAUGGUUUUAAUAAAUUUAGAAAAGCAUCAGUUUAUGAUAUUUCUAAUAGAUAUUCAGAUUUAGAUAAUUCAUAUUUAAAAGCAAUUAAAGAAUGUAAUAUUGAAAUGUUAGAAGAGGUGAAUAAAAAUAAUCCAAAUUUUACAUUGAAUGUUUCCAAAUUUCAUUAUUUCCAAUUACCAACAGAAUCUGAAGAUGUGUUAAAGCUUUGGAAAUUCUUUGUUGGACAUGGAUUUAAACAAUUUCAAUAUAGUCAAGAAAUAUUCCUAGAAUUCGUUUCAAGUGUAACCGAUGUAUUAUCACCAUCAAAAUUGGAGAUAGUAACACUUUGUGCUCCUCUUUUGAGAAGAAUAGAAUUUUUAUUAUUUGAUACACUAUUUAGAAAGAAAUUUAACGCAUUUGAAAUAUUAUUUAAAAGAUUCUCUUUUUUAGAACCAUUUUCAAAAGAUGAAUAUACUGAACUUUUAAAUCAGGAAAAGGUUAUAUUCAACAUCAAUGGUAAAUUAGUGCAAUUUGAUAACAGCCAUCUCAAUCAAACAAUCAGAUUAAUUUCAUUAGUAGUGGCAAAGUUUCACCUACAAGCUUUAAACGCACCUCAGCAUCCUAGUAUUAAUAAUAGUACUAAACCAGCACAACAAUCAUAUAGUAUAAUUAUAAACUAUUUAUAUGAUCAGUUACUUAGAAUUAAAGGUUUAACAAUUAAUCACUUAGAACUUGUUAGAUCAAUUAUUCCUGAACAUUUCUUAUCAGAUGCACACAGUCAAGUGUUUCGUGUCUUUUUCUAUCUUAAUAUCAGAUCUUCAAAAUUUUCAAAAUACAUAAUUGAAAGACCUGGUGUUGAUACUUUUAUGUAUAUUUCAGAAGAUUAUGCAGAAAACUAUAAUUGUAGUGAACCACCAACUACAAAUGUUGAUGAUAUUGGUUUUGAUAUUAGAAAAUAUUUAAAUUUAGAUAUCUUUACAUAUGAUUUUAUAUUAGGUAGAGAAUCAAUUCAAUCAUAUGGUACUGAUACUGUUGAUAGUGUUGAUAAGUUUAAUAAUAAUAAUAAUAAUAAAAAAAAUUAUAAAAAGUAUAUAACUCAAUUCGAUACAAUAUUAAAAGAAUUAAUGAAACAAUUAUCACAUGACAUUUGUACAAAUAUUGAUAGAGAUAGAAUCACUGGAGGUCAAGAUUUCUUUAAUUAUUCAUUAAGUGCAGAUUUAAGAUUUAGUUUAGCCAUUGGUAGAAAAGAUAUAUUUUGGGAAUUAUUAGAUUGGAUUCAACAAUAUAUUACUUUAAAUGAAAAUUUAAUUAAAUAUCAAGUUUAUCAAUUUAAUUCACCAUAUGAAUCAUUAUUACCAACUAGUACAAUAUAUCCAAAUGUAAAAAUAAUUAAAAAAGAAUUGCCACCAUCAACAACAAAAACAAAAACAACAUCAACAACAACAGCAGCAACAACAACAACAACUGAAAGUAGAAUAUUAAAAAUUGAUAAUUUUGAAAAUCCAAUACCAAAUGAAUCAUCAGUUAAAAUUAAUUGGAAUGAAAAUAAAUUAGAUGAAUCAUUUAAACCAAUUUCAAAACUUAUAAAUUCAUUUAAAUUUUUUGAAGAUGUAUUGGAUUCAAUUUGUAAAGUAAUGAAUGUAAAUGAAAUUCAAAGAUUUAUUCAAUAUAAUUUCUUUGAAACAAGUUUCCAAUUUGCAAUUUACUCUUAUUUAGUAUUUAUGAAUAGAGAUGAUGUACUUUCAUUCCUAUUGAAUAAUUAUAAUAUAGAGUUUGACAUAUUCCCAUUCUUUCUACCAGAAAGAAGAUAUUCUCAAUAUUUAGAAUGUAAAUUCAUAUUUGAAAAUCAUUUCGAAAGAGUAAAGAAUAUUUCAAAUUUAAAUAUAGAAUGGUGUGAAAGAAGAGAUUUAGAUUUCCCAUCCACUGUAUUGAAUGGGUUUGUUAAAUUUCUUUGUAAAGAAAAGAAUAUCGCAAUCUAUAAUCAGUUUAUUCAAGAAAAUGGUAAUUUAGAAAUUAGAAAUAAAAUUAUUAAAGAAACUAUUGAAGUAAUGAAAAUAGAACUAGAUGCAAACAUUGAUGAAGAUGAAGAUGAUGAUACUGAGAAUUUCGCAUUCAUAUUAAGAAAUCAAAAACAUAAAGUUUUACUCAUUCAAUCAAUUAUUGAACAACCAGAUACUCAAUUAUACUUUAAAUCAGCUUUAGAUCAAGUUUUAUUAGAAUUAAAAGAGAAAAGAAAAACUGAUAAAAUUAAUUCUCCAUUCAUUGAAAAUCUUAAAAAUCCAUUCUUACAAUCUUUUAUUUAUGGUGAUAUUAAAACUUGUGAUAUCAUUCUCAAAUAUUAUCCAAAUCAAUUUAAAAUCACUAAAGAUUCAAUCACUAAAGCAUUAAAACUCGAUAGAAUCCAUAUUAUUAAAUAUUAUUAUAAAGUUGAUAAUUGUAAAAAUUUAAUUAAUAAUUUUAAAAAUGAUAAUAAUUUAUUAAAACAUUUAAAAAAUGAAUUAUCAAAACAUCCAAUUUAUAAAUAUCAUUUAACUUGGUUAUAA